AAGCAUUCAUUUUGCAUUUAUUUCCCUUUUAAUCCCCAUUUAUUUUGGUAAAACUGUACAUUUUCGUAUUUGUACAGUGUGUAAAUUAUUUUUAAAAGUCAGCUCUACAUUUUAAAUGUCCACCUGUGAGGAAUCUCCUCUCUCUGAGGAGUGAGGAGUGAGGAGAGAGGAGGAGCGAGGGAGUGAGAGCCGCGGCCCCGACAGGGCUGGAGGACCACCGCUUGCCAACUUCUCUCCGGCCAUGUGCGGCCAGUAGGAGGAGCCAUGCGCUGAGGUGUUUGAGAAGGUGACGCCGUAAAGCAGGCCAGUGUGUCGCAAACCAGGUGUUGUUGUUUUUUUUGCAAGAGGAGGGGGGAAGGUGAUGUCGUAAAGCGGACAGGAGAAGGGAGGGGUGAGAGGAGGAGGUGGGGGACAGGAGGAGGAGGAGGAGGAGGGAGGAGGUGACUCGCGAGCGGCUGCGCUUCAGACUCAGCGAGAGGAUCAUGGCGGAUGGCCCCAGGUGUAAGCGCAGGAAACAGGCCAACCCGAAGCGGAGCAGCGUGACAGACUUUAACAGCGGCCUGGAGGCCAGCUCGGACUCGGACGACGAGGACAAGCUGCACAUCGUGGAGGAGGAGAACCUCCAGGAGGCCGAGGCCGCCAACGCCGCCGGGACCAGAGCGCCGGCCGGCCAUGGCGCCGCCGCCAAAACAACCGCCGCCAAAAACGCCGCCAAAAACGCCACCGUCACAGUAUUACCCCUCAACGGCUCCUUGAACGGAGUGAAGGAGGAGUACGUGUCAGAAGAAGAGGAAGAGGAGGCCGAGGAGAAGGAUGCCCUGGUGGACGAGAUCCUCCAGCAGGGGGACACGGCCGUCAUCUAUCCCGAAGCCCCGGAGGACGAGCACAGUCCGGCGGAGAUGGGCGGCGCCGACGAAAACGGCACGCCGGACUCCUUCUCCCAGCUGCACACCUGCCCCUACUGCUCCCGGGGCUACAAGCGCAACGCCUCGCUGAAGGAGCACAUCAAGUAUCGCCACGAGACCAGCGAGGACAACUACAGCUGCACGCACUGCAGCUACACCUUCACCUACCGCUCGCAGCUGGAGAGGCACAUGAGCCACCACCGGGGCACCCGGGAGCAGCGCCACGUCUCCCAGUCCACCGGCGGCGGCGGCUCAGGAGGAAUCAGUGGAAACCGCAAGUUCAAGUGCACCGAAUGCUGCAAGGCCUUCAAGUACAAGCACCACCUGAAGGAGCACCUGCGCAUCCACAGCGGCGAGAAACCGUACGAGUGCUCAAACUGCAAGAAGCGCUUCUCCCACUCCGGCUCCUACAGCUCCCACAUCAGCAGCAAGAAGUGCGUGGGGGCGGCGGCGCCUCCCAACGGCGCUCCCCGAGCGUCGAUCAAAUCCCCGCCGCCCGCCGCCCAGACCGCGCCGGCCGCCAUCGCUCCGGCCCGCGUGAUCCUCAAGGAGAAGGCCGACAGCAAGCCCCUCCAGGAGCAGCUCCCCGUCACCCAGAUCAAAUCUGAGCCCGUGGAAUACGAGUGCAAGCCCGCGAUGGCGGCGCCGGCGCACGUACCGCAGUCCGUGGUUGCGUCGGUGGGGGGCCUCCCCCAGGGCGUGGCCAUGGUCGUGCCGACGGUGGGCCUCAUGUCGCCCAUCAGCAUCAACCUGAGCGACUUGCAGAACGUGCUCAAGGUGGCGAUGGACGGCAACGUGCUGCGGCAGGUGCUCGGCACGGCCAACGGCGUGGUGGCGCAGGGCAAGCAGGGCUUCGUGGUGCAGCAGCCGCAGCAGCAGAUCAUCAGCCUGCCGGCGUUCGUGGACCACGACGGCACCACGAAGAUCAUCAUCAACUACAGCAUCGGCCCGGCGGCCGGCGCCACGAUGCACACCGCCGCGUUCAUCGCCAGAACCAAUCCCGCCCCGCUCCCCAUGGUCACCGCGGCGCCCACGCCCACCAAGACCGACAAACCCUCAACCCCGGGGGUGACCGACCUCUCCGUCGUGAAGACGGAGCCGGAAACGGUGGCCGUCACGGCGGCGGGGGUCGCGCGGCCGCGAUCGACCCCGAAGGUCUCCGGCACCGGCGCGUGCACGCUGUGCGACGACUGCCCCGACAACCUGGAGGCGCUGCACCUGCUGCAGCACCUCAAGGCGGCCAACGGCGAGGCGGUGGACUCCGCCGCCCUGGACCCGUCGUUCGCCGCUCUGCUCAGCGAGGCCGGCGUGACGCUGGAGGAGCCGCCGGUGGACGACCUCCUCUCGCUCCUCAGGGCCUACUUCGCCUCCAACGCCGACCCCGGCGAGCGGGAGCUGACCGAGAUCUCGGAGUCCGUCCGCGUCCACGUGGACGUGGUCCGGAAGUGGUUCGCGAAGAUGAACUCGGGGAGGAACGCGGGCGGCGGCCGCCGCGGAAAAGCCACGGCGGUGGCAAAGAACGCCGUCUCGGGGGACGCCUCCCGGGAGACGUCCGACAAAGCCUCGUCAGAAUCCGGCGGUUCCCCGUCGGACUCCUCGCCGCUGAGCCUCAACGCCGGCGACCUCGUCAUCAUUAAGAGCGAGCCGGAAGACCCGAUGGACUCCCAGGCCGAGCCGCUCGACCUCUCGUUCCCGAAGCACGCGGCGGCGGCGUUGGAGAAGGCCGCGCCUCCUCCCGCCAAGCAGCAGGAGCAGCCCCUGAACCUGACCUGCCUGAGGAAGGAGCAGCUGGACGGUCGCACCAUCUACGUCGCCGCCGCCGCGCCUCGGGGCGGAGCGCCCGUGAGCAUCGUCUCCGCCGCGCAGCUGCCCACGCUGGUGGCCAUCGCCGGGCAGGGCUGCCUCAACGGCGCCGCCAAGCGCACCAUCCUCAUCCCCCAGCUCACGUACACCUACGCCGCCGUGGCCGGCAGCGCCACGGGGGCGAAGACGGUCGUACUGAACGGCCACAAGCAGGAGAAGAGGCCGGACGUGUCGCCGGCGGACGAGCAGAGCGACUCGGAUUCGCCGGCGCUGAUGAAGAAGCGGCGGCUGGACAACGGCGUGUACCCGUGUGACCUCUGCUCCAAAGUCUUCCAGAAGGGCAGCUCGCUGCUCAGGCACAAAUAUGAACACACAGGGAAACGCCCCCACGAGUGCCCCGUCUGCAAGAAGGCCUUCAAGCACAAGCACCACCUGAUCGAGCACUCGCGGCUGCACUCCGGGGAGAAACCCUACCAGUGCGACAAGUGCGGGAAGCGCUUCUCCCACUCCGGCUCCUACUCCCAGCACAUGAACCACCGCUACUCGUACUGCAAGAAGGACGGGCCGGGCUCCGGGUCCGGCUCGGGGGCGGAGCCGGAGCUCGGCGUUCGGUCGGAGCUUGGCAGCCCCGGCGCCGGACUGCGCUCGGACAGCCGGACCACGAGCCCGCCCUCCCAACUGGACUCGGACGAGAGGGAGAGCGGCGAGGAGGACGAGGAGGAGGAAGAGGAGGCCAUGUGCAUGGACGACAUCCGGGUGGUGCAGGUGGACGACGAUGAGUGUGAGAUCUACGAGGGUAACUUUGAGGAGGAGGAAGAGGAAGGGGAAGGGGAGGAGAUGUUAGAGGAAGACGCGACUGGAGAGGAAGAGGUGGAGGGGGAAAAGGAGGACGAGAAGGUCGCCUGUGAUGUGAUGGAGGUCGAGAAGAGAGACGGAGAGGUGGGAGACGGAGAGGUGGGUGACGCGACGGAAGAAAAGAAGGAGGCGAGCGACAUGGAGAAAGAGGAGGAGGAGGAGAUGCCAGACUGUGAAGCUAAUACGGACAAAAGCGCCCGGGAGGAGUCGGGCGGCGGCGAACCCUCAGAGGAGGAAACAAACGCCAAAUAAAGGACGAGAUCUCGAAGACGAGGCGACUGAGACAAAACGGUCUAAACCACCUUAACGACCUUAAGGAUCUUAACGACCAUAACGAUCUUAAGGAUCUUAACGACCGUAACGAUCUUAACGACCGUAACGAUCUUAAGGAUCUUAACGACCGUAACGAUCUUAACGACCUUAAGGAUCUUAACGGCCGUAACGAUCUUAAGGCUCCUAACGAUCUUAACGACCUUAACGACCUUAAGGAUCCACUACUGUGUACAAAACCCAGGUGUGCCUGAACUUUGAAGACAAAAAAAAGAAAAACUAAAGUGACUUUUUUUCCCCUCUGUCUCCCUCUGGUGGAAAUGAAAUAUCAGUGUUAAAAAUUGUUUAUAGAAGUACAGAUUUUAAAGCAGAACUCACCCGUUACUGAGACAUCCCAGGUCGUUUUAUCGUUUGUUUGUUUGUUUUCAUUUGGUCAGUGUUACUACACGUGUUUAACUUUUAACCUGUAUAGACGAGAGAGAAAACAUUUCUAGACCUUUUUAUUGCCAAUGAAGUUUCCUAAAUCAGUAUUUUAUUGAGUUCUACGAACAAAAAAAACCUCUGCACUACAGUAUUCCUGGUUUAUGGAGACAUGCCUCACGCAUCGUAUGCCCUUCAGUGUUAUAGACGUACGCCAGCCAGCGGGAUGUCGUUAGCGUUAGUGUCCGCUAGCUGGCUUUAGCUUUUUUUUAAUCAUUAUUUUCACUUUUUGACUGUUAGCCUUAAGGAAAGUAUUCUUGGGGGAGGGGUUGUGGGCGGGGUGGGGAGGUGGCGCCAUAACCAAAUGUGUCCUAUCAGGGGAGGUGGAGUCACAACUUUAAAGCCAGCAUCAGGCGGGGGGGGGGUGGGUCUCCGGGUGACGAUUCAAAAGCGGCUCCGCCUCGGCCUCCGCUCCUGAACUUCUGCUUCUUCAGGCCGACUUCGGGUUCUUGAAGUCGGCAUUCCGAGCGCCGUUACCACAUGACGUCAUACUGCACGUGUGUGUGUGUGUGUGUGGGAGGAGGAGCCGGUGUCUGUUGCUCCGCCCCCAAAAAGCCCUCCAGCCUUAUGCAAGACCUGCGUGCUGUUACAAGUGCCAUUGAACAGUGUUAUUGUUUCUUCUUCUUCAGUGUUAUGUGUGUGUGUGUGUCCCCCCCCCCCCCCCCGCUGUCACUUAUGCCAUGUUGACUGAUGUUUGUUGCAGCUAGUUGAGCCACGAUUACGAGAAGAAGAAAAAAAGAUGCUUCCUGUGAAAAACAAAGUUUUAAAAGGGGAGGAGCGAGUGGAAACCAUUGAGAAGCAGUCCAGACCGAGCUUCACACGCGGAUAUGAAACGCCUCGUGAACGUUGACAAGUUUCCUCCGUUUUAUUGUUUUUAUGAGAGUUAAAUGUCUUCUGAAGUCACGAGUUAAAAAGAAAAUAAAAAAAGUUUACAUUAAGUGCUUUAAAAAAAGAUUAAAAAUGAAGAAAAUCUUCUCUUUAAAAGCAGAUUGAAGUAUUCAAAGAAUAAAUAAUAACGAAUUAUAAACUAGCAGGGGAUGUUUUCCACUUCACUCCGACAUUUACAGAACAACAAGAUCAAUCUUUUAAGUCAAAUUAAGACAUUGAGUGUUUUUACUUCUUUUUUUUUGCCAAACUUGUGCACUUGUUGUUUCAGAUGUGAAAUAUAAAGAUGAUUUGUGUCUCUUCAGGCGACGAGCGAAGGGUUUUCAGUUGUUUUACCGAACAGUGUUUUUAAAUAUGUCUGUUUUAUUGUUUCAUGUGUGUGUCCUUUGUAUGUGUUUUAGUUUUUUUCCACGAUGGCAGUAUUAGAACCCUUUCACAGAUUAAAAAAUAAAUAAAAAAAUGUUA